AUCAAGAACCUAGAGGAAUGAAAAAUUAAAAUUAAUUGGAACCCUAACACCCAAGAUUCAUCUCUAUGUUCAGUUGGAUCGAUUACUCUGUUAUGAAGAUUACGAAUGGUCCAGUACCCAAGGUGAGAAAGAUCAAAGGUGCCAAAGUAGCUAUUGUUUCUCCUAGUUCGACUCCAAUAGAUAUCAAGUACCAAAGCGUAAAGCAGAAUGGGAGUGGACAUGCUUCUGAUAGAGGACUCUAUGAGAAACUCAAAGUUGGAUGCACAGACACCUCUGAACCUCAUUCAAGUGGUAAAAAGAAAACAUAUGGGGAAGCUGCUAUUAAGUUACUGCAUUAUGCAAGGCAUAUAGCUUUGGAGACUAGUGGCGAGGUAUAUAUGGUAUGGGAAGCCAGACAACUAUUCUUUGAACAGUAAGACAGAGAUUAAGUAGUUGUUCAGAUAAUCUGACAUGUGGAAGAUUUCAUCAUGAUCAAGAGUUGGAAAGACUUUAAUGGCACCAUUUAUUGUAUAGUAUUGUAGCAAUUUGAUAAUGCCAGUUAGCAGACGGGAAAUCACACUAGUUAUUAGAUUCAAAUAGUUUACCUUUUGGAUAUGUUGUUGAUACUUUAAAACUAUGGAUUAGUAUAUUUUGUUGUGGAUUUAAUGAAGUGUAUUAAACUUUUUGAAAAAAAAU